AGGGGGCGGGGCGGGCCCGGGGACAGAGGUCGGGGCCAUGGUGAUGGCGCUGCUGGUGAGGACGGGCGGCCGUGUUUUGCGGCCUGGUCCCUGCCGGUGGGUGAGUUACACCCAGGGCCAGAGCCCGGAGCCGCGCAUCCGCGAGUACUUCUACUACAUCGACCACCAGGGCCAGCUCUUCCUUGAUGACACUAAGGUGAAAAAUUUCAUCACUUGCUUUAAAGAUAAACAGUUUCUGGUUUUCUUCUUCAAGCAACUCAGGAAGAAUGCCACGGGGCGCUACCAGGAAUUUCCCUACCUCUCUCCCUGCGGGAGGGAGCGGAAUUUUGUUCGCUGCGAAGACCUGCCGAUUGUCUACACCCACCUGAUCAAAGGCGAGGGUGCUGAGGGAGAGCUCCUGUCCUACUGUGGCGGGGGCAACAGCCUGGCAGUGAGGUUCGAACCUGAGAGGUUGUUCAUGCCAGUGAACGGGAGAGUGUAUCAUCCGGCCCCAGAGAGGAUGGGGGGUGUGGGACUGGUCAAGUCAUCCCUGGCCUUUGAGCUCAGUGGCCACUUUGAAUAUGCUGGUAGUGGCCCAGAGAGUGGGCCGCCAUCCCAUUUCCACUGGAACGGGCAGCGGCACACGUUGACCAAUGAACUCGCAGCCUGCAUUCAGAAUGAAGAGCCCACUUAGAAGCAUCUGCCCAGGGAGGUUACAGUCAGCUGAUUGUAAGAUUGGAAACGUAUCGUUAAUUUUUAGUUUCGUACAGCACGGAAACAGGCCCUUCGGCCCAACAUAUCCCUGCUGACCAAAAUCCCUGUCUGAUCUCGUCCCAUUCGCCCGCGUUUGGCCUACAUCCUUCUAAACCUUUCCUAUCCACGUACCUGUCCAAGUGUCAUUUAAAUGUUAUUGUACCUGCCUCAACCACUUCCUCUGGCAGUUCGUUCCAUAUACCCACCACCCUCUGCAUGAAGAAGUUGCCCCUCAGGUCCCCUUCAAACCUUUCCCCUCUCCCCUGAAACCCAUUCCUUCUUGUUUUAGACUCCCCUACCCUGGGAAAAAGACUAUCAAUCCUAUUCAUGCCCCUCAAGGCUUUAUCAACCUCGAUAAGGUCACCGUUCAGCCUCCUUCGCUCCGGAGAGAACAGUUGCAGACUAUCCAAUUUUCUUUACAAUAUUUCUAUUAAUUCCGCAAAGAAAAUACAGAGUACAUGAAUCAAAAAGGUAAAGGUACUACUAAAUACAUUAUGUUAAAUCAUACUUGAAAUCACAAUACUCUAUAUUAAUAAUCAUAUGAUAAUUAAUUAAUAACAAAUACAUUGGAAUAAUUUUAUUAUUAAAAAAAUCUAACCCCACUACCAAGACCAAAGCUGUUUAAUAAAGAAAAAGGACAAGGAAAAACCCUUGACACAUGGCGAUAUCGGCCAAUAUCUGCAUUUUAGCCAUCAAAUCAAAGGUUUUGAAAAUAAUUCAAAAAAAGGUCCCCACAGACUUUUGAGUCUAAGUUAGAUUCAGAAAUUGAACAGCGGAUCUUCUCUAAAUUUAGGUAUGACAUAACAUCCCGUAACCAUUGAGCAUGAGUAGGCAGAGUGACUUCCUUCCAUUUAAGCAACACAGCUCUCCUGGCUAUAAGAGAAAUAAAAGCCAGAAUGUGCAGGUCAGAAGCCUCCAAAGUUAUAUAUUUUUCUCCAACAGAUAAUGCAGUAAAACACUAUCCAAUUUUCUGUCCUGUCACCUCCCACCUCACCCCACCCUACCCAAUAAAAGGCGCGGUCAUUUGGUAACAAACCAAGCUGCUGCCCAUGCCUAUUGGGAAAUAAUGCGUCCCUACAUGCGAACCCCGCUCUCCCAGCAGAGGAUCCUGCUCCCCGCUGAUGUCAAUGUGUUGACAGCUGACGCUCGCUUUCUAAUUCCAACUGUCCCCUAAGUGCCACAAACGGGCCAGACAAAAAUGAAAUCACGCCCCGCUUCCACUGAACUACGGCACGCGUCAGCCGAAGAGUGGUUACUUAGUCAACCUUCUUCCCUCGUCCCUUCCCUCUCCAAGGGUUAAAUAUUCGUGGAACUUCUCAUAUCAUUUCUCACGGGAGGAAACCAGAUCCAGAUUUGGUCUCACUACAGCCCUGCAGAAGGAUACUGCAUCCGUCUGCUGUGUUUGCACUUGGGACCAUUGCCUUUCAGAAAAUGGAAAUCCACAAGUUUUGUUGGAUUCCCUGUUCUCCUUUAUGACCCUGCAAAGCCCCUAUCAACACCACAGCAGUGUCAGAACCUUGUUCUCUGGUGUGAAUUGGAUGUAUUACACAUUGGUGAGUUUGUGGCGGUGCAACCACAGAAUAGGCAGCAAUCCCUGCACGCUCUGGAGAACGUCUACCACAUGAUGUGACCUGAUUGCCCACAUCAAGCCAUCCUCAUCAUCUCCAAACACUUCGCCUCAUUGUUGAUUGCAGGACCCCCAACAUUUAGAGUUGCAGUGAUCCAGACCGAGUCUACCAGCACUAAUUUCAGCUGCAAACAUUACUCCGAAGGGACAGUUCCAACUCACUGUGGAUUUAUUUUGUCUGGCAGCUGUGUUUUCACUCCUGUCACUGAUUGACUUCAGUCCCUGAAGAUGAUCAUUCAAGCAUUCAGCAGACGGGAGAUGAAAGUAUUUUCUCACAGUAGCUGUCUGUUCAGACAGCCCUGGUUAGUGCUUCAUUGGUGCAAUAAAGGAAAUCAUUUUAAUAUUGAAUGCAACACUAAUUUGUUUAUUCAGUGAUGCAGAAGGAGAAUAUUUGCAUAAAAGAUUUAUGUUAAAUAGCAGUUAAGUAACAAAGCUGCAGCUGGAGCAGGGCUUGUCUUUGUGCUUCUAUUCUAAAGCAAAGUUAGGAGGAAUCAGAAUCAUUGUCACUGACUUACAUGGCGUGAAAUUUGUUUUGCGGCAGCAGUGCAAAGACAAAAUGACUGAAUUACAAAAAUAAAUAAAUAGUGCAAAAAUAAAGGAAGAACGAGGUAGUGUUCAUGGGUUCAUGGACCGUUCCGAAAUCUGAUGGCGGAGGGGAAGAAGCUGUUCCUGAAUCAUUCAGUGUGGGUCUUCAGGCUCCUGUGCCUUCUCCCCGAUGGUAGCAGCGAGAAGAGGGCAUGUCCCAGAUGGUGAGGAUCCUCAGUGAUGGAUGCUGCCUUCUCGAACCAAUUUGCCACCUCUACAAUUUAGAAUUAAGGUUGGCUUAACCUCCGGACCCCACACCAGUGGGAGGUCUCCUCAACCCCUGGCUGCAGCUGGACUUUACGAUUUCUCCCUUGACUUGGUCAGAGGUUGAAGUUUCUAGAAAUGUAGUGGGAACACCACUGGAGCAAGUCCGUCUCUGGAACCUGGCAAGGCAAAAGAACAGCGCAAAGCACAUCAUUGACCACAGUGCAGAAGGUGUGACUCCCUACACCCCAACACCACAGGGGACUGGUCCAACUCUCCACACCCCAACACCACAGGGGACUGGUCACAUUCCCAACACCACAGGGACUGGUCCCAUUCCCCACACCCCAACACCACAGGGACUGGUCCCAUUUCCCACACCGCAACACCACAGG